AUGAGUUGUCAAGCCUUUCCUUCAGCUGACACCUUCAUCCCUUUGAAUUCAGACUCGUCAACCUCUCUGCCUCUGAUAAUGCAUCACAGUGCUGCAGAGUGCUUACCUGUCUCCAAUCAUGCCACCAAUGUGGUAUCAACAGUUCCUUCUGUUGUUUUGCUAACCCCAACCCCUAAAUCUUCCUCCAUAUGCCUCUCCAUGCCGACACUGGGAAAUGUUCUAUCAGGUCUGCAUUAUUCCAUCCCAUCCUGCCAUUAUGGAAACCAGCAAGCUGCCUACGGAGUGAUGGCAGGUAGCCUCACCCCUUGCCUUUAUAAAUUCCCUGACCAUGCGCUGAGCGCCAGUUCAUGUGCUCUGGGCCACAGCUUUCCUUCCAUGCACCCCUCCAUCCUUGGAGAUGACUCGGUCACUGAUUUUAAGCAGGAAUUCCGCAAGAAGAACAAGUCAAUCGAAGAACCAAUGGACAUGGAUUCUCCUGAAAUCAGGGAGCUAGAAAAGUUUGCCAAUGAGUUCAAGCUGAGAAGAAUUAAGCUGGGUUAUACCCAAACUAAUGUUGGGGAGGCUUUGGCUGCUGUGCAUGGCUCUGAGUUCAGCCAAACAACUAUUUGCCGGUUUGAAAACUUGCAGCUGAGCUUCAAGAAUGCUUGCAAACUAAAAUCCAUCCUAACCAAGUGGCUGGAGGAAGCAGAACAAGUAGGAGCUUUAUACAAUGAAAAAGUUGGAGUGAAUGAGCGGAAAAGGAAACGCAGAACAACCAUAAGCAUUGCAGCCAAAGAAGCUCUGGAGAGCCAUUUUGCAGAACAAAGCAAGCCUUCAUCUCAGGAGAUCAUGAGGAUGGCUGAGGGGCUCAGUCUGGAGAAAGAAGUGGUGAGGGUCUGGUUCUGCAACAGAAGGCAACGAGAGAAGAGAGUGAAGACCAGUUUGCACCAGAACACCUUUAAUUCCAUUAUUAAGGACCACCAAGAGUGCCACUAGAAUUUCUUGGAGUGA